AUGUGCAAUGAAGCUGCGAUGAAAUCCACAGAAGACAAUUUGCAUCAUCACACCUUGCUUAUCCUGUGUCGAUCAAAGGUCACUCGAAAACUGGCGUUUGAGAUCUACAACACAUUUAUUUCUAAUCUACACAAUGGCCCAUUGAAGCAAGAGACCCUCUUCUGGGAUAUGAAAAGAAUCUGCGAUUGUCAAGGGAGCGUUGAAGGUGCCCCAGCCGAAGACAGUGACGAUCUAUGGAGGACGACAUGGACAUGGAUGAUGAUUUUCCUAGAUGGUUUCCCACUGGGUCCGAGCUGUCUGCCGUUCACAUCAUUUACCCUGGCUGGUUCCAGCACAAGUCCCUGCUCGAAACCGGAGCAGCGAGAGUUUUUCAUUCCACCUCAAAUUCUAAAGGCGCUGAAGGAUGAGACGAAGGAAGGAGCUCUGCGAAUGUAUCUCAACGGGGAGAUCACAAAAGCUAUCGGCGACGACCUCAGACCGUACCGGUAA